GACGGAUUGAAAAAGCAAGCAUUUGUUUUUGUGUUUCAAAACGAGAAAAGAAUUUAUACAUAUUAAUUGCUAAUUUUUAAAUAUAAUAAAUUGAGAAUUCAACUAUAAAUCUGAUAUUAAUAAUUCAUACAUAGAAAAUUCUCAAUUUAUUUGGAAUUCAUUUAUUCGAAUCAAAUUACCAUCAAAUAGAAUAAUAGAAAUUAAAACUUUUGUUAGCAAUCAAGAAGAAUGGCUGCUUCGUUACUAUUGGCAUGUGGAUUGAAUGAACAAAAAUUGCCAUCGGCAAUUCAUUUAAGUGAAGAAUCAGAUAUUGAUGGAAGUUUUUUAAUAAGUUCAAUUUUGGGACAACGUUUAAGAAUUCAAAAUUCUGGUGUUAUAUUAAUAUGUUUACAACAAAAUUAUCAACAUUAUAUGAAUGCCGGGAUUAGGUUGGGCUAUAAUUUAAAUAUGUUCAAUGGAAAAAAUUUAUAUGUUCAUGAACCCAUUUUGGAUAUUAUUAAAUCAAAUUUUUGUGAAAAUUCAACAGCACCUUCAUCAGAAAUAAAUGAUUCAAUAUUUAGUGAUGAAAUUUUCAAAUUUAUUGAGAAAAUUAUUAAAGAAAAAUUUAUUGAAAAAACUUCAAUUACAAUUAUCCUUGAUAACUUGAGCAUAUUAAUGAAUAUGGGAGAAUCAUAUCGUUCAAUUUUGAAAUUUUAUGAAAAUUUAAAAGAGUUUAUUGAGAAUAUUAUGAAUGAAUCAACCAAAUCAAUUACAUUAUUAACUAAAUUAAAUAAUUGCGAUUUAUUUAAUGUUCUUGAUAAUAAUUUGAUUAGAAUGAGUGAUUUACAUAUAAGAGUGGUUAAAUUAAAAAGUGGAGCAUUUAAAGAAGUUGAUGGAAAAUUAAUAAUUACAAAAGAUGAAAUAAUUGAAUUUUGUCAAAUUAAUAAAAAUGAAAAAAAUAUAUUGUAUAAAGUUAAUGAUAAAAAUAUUAAAAUUUUUAAUCCUGGUGAAGUUGGUAUAAAAAUUUAAGAUUGUGCACUUAUGUUAAAUGUGAAACAAUAAAUAAC